AGCAGCGGCGCGGGCGACGGAAGUGAGGCUGCCUUCGUCAUCAAACUCAGACGACCAGCUAGAGGGCCUGUCGUCAUUAUUCUGCGCCGGAAAACGCGGUCUUGGGGACUCCUUUCCCGGAACCCUGAAAUCCGGGUUAUGAAUCGCAAGAGACGGCUCCUGGCGUCUGAGGCUUUUGGGGUGAAGCGGAGGCGAGCGCCGGGACCCGUGAGAUCGGAUCCUUUAAGAACGAGAGCAGGCUCGGCACGCGAGGCCAUCGAGGAGCUCGUGAAGCUGUUCCCCCGGGGGCUGUUCGAGGACGCGCUGCCGCCCAUCGCGCUGAGGAGCCAAGUGUACAGUCUCGUGCCAGACCGGACGGUGGCCGACCUACAACUGAAGGAGCUUCAAGAGCUGGGAGAGAUCCGAAUCAUCCAGCUAGGCUUUGACUUGGAUGCUCAUGGGAUUGUCUUCACGGAAGACUACAGGACCCGGGUCCUCAAGGCCUGUGAUGGCCGACCAUGUGCUGGGGCGGUGCAGAAGUUCCUGGCCUCAGUGCUCCCAGCCUGUGGGGACCUCAGUUUCCAGCAGGAUCAGAUGACACAGACUUACGGCUUCAGGGACCCGGAGAUCACGCACCUGGUGAACGCUGGGUUCCUCACUGUCCGAGAUGAUGAAAGCUGGUGGCUGGCUGUGCCUGGAGCUGGAAGAUUCAUCAAGUGCUUUGUUAAAGGGCGCCAGGCUGUACUGAGCAUGGUGCGGAAGGCCAAGUACCGGGAGCUUGCCCUGUCAGAG